ACCCUGCUACUCACACACUCUCAUUUCUCAGAGUACAACAACUGGUGAACAGCUGAAGUCCGAGCUGACACAGACUACAAACUAAAGUCUAACUCGGGACAGAUAAAGCUCGUCUGCUUGUUGAGCCUUUGGUGAAAGUGCCAAAAACAACCGUGCGUAAUUACGCAUAAAGAAACAAUGAGUGCCACAACAGCAAUGGAAGUGAACGCCGAAGCCAGACGGAUCCUGGCCGUGUCGAUAAGCAAGCUGUACGCCUCCAGGACCCAGAGGGGCGGACUGAGACUCCACCGGAGCCUCCUGCUCUCCCUGGUCAUGAGGUCUGCCCGGGACAUCUAUCACUCCUCCCGGGAGAGCGAGGGGCCCAGCGGGCCACAGCCAACACCGGAGGAGCCGAUGGACACCAGCUCCAGCCCGGUGGAACAAGCCGAGCCGGCCGAGCCUCAGCCUGAGCCCCAGCCCGCACUGAGCCCCGCUGAGCCGCCCACAGAGGAGCCGGACAGCGCGGAGGAGGGGUGUGAUAGUGAAAUCACAGAGGACAAAGAGAACUUGAGCCCGGCGAGGCAGUCCAGGAAACGCCGGGGCAAGGCGUCGGCGGCGCCUGACUUCCUUCCCAGCAAGAGGGCGAGGCUGGAGCCCGGGGAGGAGAGGUAUGCGGCCCCGCUGGGCAGCUGUCGCGCCGCGGCCGGGGAGUCCCUGACCGCUUUGUCUCUAAAUCGGGUUAUACCUGCCUUCUGAACAUAUGGAGGGAGAAAAUAGCCUCCAAUGAGACUUUGAAGCUGGAGUGAUUCUCAACUCCUCGUUAACCUGUAAGGGCGAUUUGAUCCCUUUGCGCACCAAGGAGCUGACCUACAUCGGCGGUCCCGGGACAGAGAGAUUACCGGCGCCAUGGUGCGACCUCUGUGGUCGAUGUGAGUGUGCCUGUCGGGCUGGUAAAGCCCUACAGAGAUCAACAAGCCGAGAAGAAGGAACAGAGAAGCAGUCCGAAUGGAGCUACAGGCCGGAAAGUUUGAGGAAGAAACGAAGGGGAACUGGUUGUGUUACUUUUCGUUUCCCCGUGAUUCACCUUCAGUUAAAUGAGUCCAAACAAGUGACUGCUGCUGACUCAAAGUGUGUGUAUGUGUGAAUCAGCAGAGAGUGAUAUGAGUCAGUCAAGAGAAGAAGUGAAGUGGUAAAUGGUUGACCACAGAGCAACACAGACACAACUUGGACUUCAGGGAAUUCCCUGCCUUUAUACGGGAAUAUCAGACUCUGAAACACUGAAAGAGGAAGGACAGCUGAGGCAGACACACUGCCACACACACACACACACAUUCAGCUGCUGCUGUGGACUUUGAUAAAUCAAUACUACUGCUUUGAACUGUCCUACAUACUGUGUUCACAUGGUGCUUUGGAAAAAAACAGGCUGUCCACAUGAUGUUGGACUCCCAUUAAUCUAAACUUUGUGUUUUCAAGUCACUGAAAUGUAUAUGUCAGUGUCUGACCUGUGAAAGAAUAAUAUUACCUCAGAUUCAAAGCUGCUUUUGUAUUUGUAUGAUUGAAUUAAUGUAAAUAUUUGUAAUAAAUGUAUUGAAAGGGUA